AUGGGAAAUCUGGUCAGAAAGCUUCAGGAAGUUUAUUUAACCUACAUACAACUUUCCAAGUCUCUGCGCCAGAGCCCUAUUUUUCUGAUAAGAUGUGCUUACACAUAUAGGUAUAACCAAGAGCCGCCAUAUUACCCGGCCGCGUACGGUUGAUCACAACCGCAAACUUUUACUCAGCACUGAAAGAGAUGAUAUUGAAGCAGAUCUCAAGGUUCCACGCAUCCCAAACAUCUCUGUUCCCAUCAUUGAGACACUAAGUGCCUAUAG